AUAAAUUAUGCAUUGUUAUGACUUGUAAUGCAUUUCACUGUGAUCUCAUUUCCAUUCAUGAAGACUUGCAAUAUAUCAUUCUUACAACAAUUUACAUGACGUUUCUGUGUUGCCUCUUCCAUGUUUUGAUGAUUAUGUUGAAUACCUGUUGCUAUAUUUAAUAUUUCAUUAUAUUAUUAUAAUGUACUUCUACGCAGCGACCUUCGUCAAUAGUGUACAGUAUAACUUAUUAUUUGAGACAAAUUGAUUGACAAGUCUUAUGUCAAUUAUUAAUUGUGGUCAUCGCAAUUUUCGUAUUUUCCUAAUCCUUGAAUACUUUAAAAAGUGUUGCACAAAUUUACCAAAACCGCAUUGAUGGAGACAUUUAGACGAUAAUGGAUUCGAAAAGAUUUGUUGUGGUGAAAAUUAUUCAGUCAUUAUUUAAUAAAAUUUAAAGAAAUAUUAGGACAUAUAAUAUAAUGAUGUAAUAACAAUUUUUGAAUAUAUCAAUUGUAUCUAACCACAGGGGAACGCGGAAAAUUUGUUUUUUUUUUAUAUAUCAUUGAAAGUGUCAUUAUAAACAUAUAGUUAAAUGUAUUGUGGCAAGGAAGUUACUAUGUUUGUAUAUUGUGAAGAUGAAAGAUUUUAAUAAAUCUAGGCAAUGGAGGUCAUGGCUUAAGAAGGGGGAAGUUCCUCUACAGCAGCAUGUCGCUGUUCUUAUAGACUAUCGCCGCAAUCCUUUAUCUAUCGGUCAGAAGGAAUAACGUGUUCGCUUGGUAAACAUUAUAUUUCCGUUACAUUUAGUUGAAUUACUUUUGAACUCCAGCUUAAUAUAUAUUGUGGUAAUCAAAACUCGUUAUGUUGGCUAACAUAAGACCAAAAUCGGUCCGAAAUGGUAUAAUCAAAUCGGAAGUGGCUACAAAUGUUACCGUACAAAAGCAUCAUGUUUCUAGAGAUAAACGUGGUCAAGUUUUGGGAAACGUUCGGGGAUUUCGUGGCUGUACUGUCUGGUUUACCGGCUUGUCAGGCGCUGGUAAAACAUCCGUGUCUUUUGAAUUAGAAGCUUAUUUAGUAUCCAGAGGUAUACCGGCUUAUGGUUUGGAUGGAGACAAUAUGCGAACUGGCUUAAAUAGAGAUUUAGGCUUUAGUCCUGACGACCGCGAAGAAAAUAUUAGACGUGUAGCAGAAGUUGCAAAAUUGUUUGCUGACAGUGGAGUUGUUACUUUAUGUAGUUUUGUCUCUCCAUUUACUCAGGAUAGGGAAAUGGCUAGAAAAAUUCAUAAAGAAGCUGAUCUACCUUUUUUUGAAGUAUUUGUUGAUGCUCCACUUAGUGUCUGUGAAGAACGAGAUGUGAAAGGAUUAUACAAAAAAGCUCGAGCAGGCCAAAUCAAAGGGUUUACUGGAGUUGAUCAAGUUUAUGAAAAACCAGAUGCUCCUGAGCUUGUACUCAAAACAGUACAUUUAUCAAUUGAAGAAAGUACUAUGGAAGUUGUAAAAAUGCUUGAAGAAAAUGAAAUUAUACCCCUGCAAAUCAAUCAUGAAGUAUCACGUGUACCAGAACUAUUUGUAUCAGAAAAUGAGAUUGAAAAAACCAAAAAAGAAGCUAUGCAGCUUCCUAGACUUGAUAUUGGAAAGAUAGAUAUGCAAUGGGUACAAGUAUUGGCUGAGGGGUGGGCAACUCCUUUAAAUGGAUUUAUGAAUGAAGAAGAAUACUUACAGGCCUUACAUUUUAAUAGUUUUUCUGAAGAUAUCAACCAAUCUAUUCCUAUUGUUUUACCAAUUACCACAGAAAAAAAAGAGAAACUUAUAGGCUGUGAAGAAAUUGCUCUAUGGUAUAAUUCAAAACCUGUAGCUAUAAUUCGCAAACCAUCUUUCUUUCCUCAUCGGAAAGAAGAACGAGUAUGUCGUCAAUUUGGAACAUCUCAUCCUAAUCAUCCUUAUAUUAAGGUUAUUAAUGAAAGUGGCGAUUGGCUUGUUGGCGGCAAUCUUGAUGUAAUUGAACGUAUAUUGUGGAAUGAUGGUCUUGAUGAUUUGCGUUUUACACCCAAUGAGUUAAGAGCUAAAUGGAGGGAAAUGAAAGCUGAUGCAAUUUUUGCCUUUCAAUUACGUAACCCUAUACAUAAUGGACAUGCCUUAUUAAUGCAGGAUACAAAGAAAAAACUUUUAGAAAGGGGAUAUAAAAAACCAGUUCUUUUAUUACACCCACUUGGAGGAUGGACAAAAGAAGAUGAUGUACCUCUUAAUAUCAGAAUUCAGCAGCACAAAGCUGUACUUAGAGAUAAAAUACUGGAUCCAGAUAGUACAGUAUUAGCUAUAUUUCCAUCACCAAUGACAUAUGCGGGACCAACUGAAGUACAAUGGCAUGCAAAAGCUCGUAUGUGCGCUGGAGCUAAUUUCUACAUAGUCGGCAGAGAUCCUGCUGGAGUUCCACAUCCUGAUGGAAACCCUCCUCGUGAUUUGUAUGACCCCACUCAUGGUGCUCGUUUGUUGACAAUGGCUCCUGGACUUUCUGAUGUGGAAAUUAUCCCUUUCAGAGUUGCUGCUUAUGAUAAAACCAAAAAGGCCAUGGACUUUUAUGAUUCAGCUAGACAUAGUGACUUCAAUUUCAUUUCAGGCACAAAAAUGAGAGGUCUUGCUAAGGAUGGUGUUGAACCACCAUCUGGAUUCAUGGCACCCUCUGCAUGGGAGGUAUUAUCAAGUUACUAUAAAUCUUUGAACAAAAUAUAGAUCAAAUUUUUAAUAUAUGAUGACAGUAUAUGAUUCUACACUGUCUAAAGACAUUCCUAGUUUGGAUGAAAUUAAUAAAAUCAUUCCUAUUGCAAUUUUUGUUUGUGUCCUUGAUUUUUUUUUUUAUUAUAUUAUUGUAUAACUAAAAUAAUGAUACUUGGUGUAUUGAUUUAAUUUAUGAUCAAAUUUUUAAUGUGUUUGAGUAAAUAAUAGUAGAUAUUACUUUGACUGUUUUUAAAAAUAUAACAAAGAAAAAACAAAUAAUUUUUUAAACAUUAAAUUAUUUAAAACACGACUACCAGAAAGUUAACGUUUCAACUUAAAAUUUAAAUGUAAUUGUACUUAUACAUUGAUAUGUAAUUAAUUUAUAUAAUUUGAAAGCAAUUUAUUUACUGUUAUUAUUUUUACAUCUAAUUUAUGUGUUACCUUGUUAAUUUUUAAAGUUUUUAAUUAAAUAAAUAUAAUUUUAAUUACUUAAUUAACCACAUGUAUUUGUAUGAUUAAUUAUCUUACAAUUAUUUUGUUAUUAAAAUGUUUAUACUUAAGUUAAAAUUGUAACAUAAGUAUUAAAAUCUUUUCAAAAUAUUAAUUUAUUAUUAAUCAUCAAAACUGCUUUACCAAAUUUUUAUUUUAGCUUUCAUUCUUAAUUCAACAUUAUCUACAAGUUUGACUGCUAAAAUAUUUAACUAAGCAUACUCUUUAUUUAGUGAUCUUCCUAUGACAAGCCUUCUUAUUUCAUUAGUUCCAGCUCCAAUA